CAUCGAAACUUCGCGGUGAUAAAAGAGAUGUUUAUGGAAACAGAUUAUUCUUCGUUUUCAUUCUUGACUGGGAACGCGUUCACUCGACGUCAGACCGAUCCUCAGUGCGAGUCCUUUGGGGGAUCUUGAAAUUGGAUCAAUCGGUAGUCCAUAAUCAUCUCCACUAGUUAAAGAAACACGCAAUUCGAUUCGCUCCGAUGCUCGUCUUUUGAUCAUCAACAAUUCUAUUCUUCUUGAUCUUUGUCAACUUGAAUUUUUUCUCGGGGCUCUAGAGAGAUGGAGAAAAUGAAGAAUAUGUUGAUGUCCAAACCCAAUCCGCAACAGCAAUUGAGGGAUUGGCAGCGCCGUCUCCGUCAAGAGUGCCGCAACAUCGAACGCCAAAUCCGAGAUAUACAGCGAGAAGAGAAAAGUGUACAGAAAGCUAUUAGAGAUGCUGCUAAGAGAAACGACAUGAGUUCUGCUAAGGCACUGGCUAAGGAGAUUGUGAGGUCCAGGCAAACUGUGAACCGUCUUUAUGAGAACAAAGCACAACUAAAUUCAAUAUCAAUGCACCUCGGAGAAAGUGUUGCAAUUGCCCGCACAGUGGGGCAUUUGUCUAAGAGUGCUGAGGUCAUGAAGCUUGUCAAUAACCUCAUGAAGGCCCCAGAAGUCGCUGUCACAAUGCAAGAAUUCAGCAAGGAGAUGACAAAGGCCGGGGUAAUUGAGGAAACUGUCAAUGAAGCUGUUGACUCAGCAUUGGAUUCUGAGGAUAUAGAAGAGGAGAUUGAAGAAGAAGUUGAUAAGGUCUUGACUGCACUUGCUGGUGAGACUGCUGCUCAGCUUCCAGAAGCAGCUAGGAAGGAGAAACUAAAGCAACCAGCCACGGUGGCAGGAGAUGAGGUUGAGGAUGAAGCAAUAGCUGAGGGUGCUGAUGACGAGGAAGAACUUGAAGAAAUAAGGGCACGACUUGCCAGAGUUAGGUCAUAGGUUGAACCUUUUAUCCUUCAACGGCAUUCGAUACAAAGGUUGGUAAAUUUACUUUGAUUGAGGUGUGUCUUGGUGUCAGAUAUGUAGCAGACAAAAGCCAGUUUACCUCUUGACAAUGAGAAGAAAGAUGUCUACUAUAAUACAAAUUCAGCUUCAUUUAGAUUAUGUAUUUAGCUGCUGGUGUGCAAUAUGGGAUGGAAUUUGUAAUUCAUGACAUCAAGGGUCAGUCAUCCCUGAUGUAUUUACCAUAUUUAUUUGACAUUUAAUUACAUGCCUGAAUCAGAUGGCCUAUAGACUACCUAUGAGUGA